AGAGAGAGCGAAAUUGCUGCUUUUCUGGCGGCUGCGACGUCGGCAGAACAAAAAAGCGGCAGCAACAAUUGCUGGCAGUCCAUUUCUGAGCUUCAAUCAUAUGCGGGCACUUUGUUGUUGUUGGUCCAACCAGUUGGGUGGAGCGCUAAUUUCACCGUUAAAUUCUUGUUAAUAAUAAUAGUGAUUUAACACACUGUAUACAUGUUUGUUUUGUUUGCGAAAGUAAAUUCAGUGUGCAGAUGACUGGGGAAUUUGCGAGUUCCCAAUUUGGCAACGCAUUUUCUGGUGCAAUUUUCUUGGCCCUGGGAUUUACUUUCGAGUGCUGCGUAGAUCAGUGUUUUUUUUUUGUUUUUGCUGAUCAUAAGUGAAGUGACGUCAAACGGGAAAUAUACAAACGACUCUUUGUGUUUUCCGUGAGUGUAACAGCCACUGAACAGAAGACUUUUUUCGGCUAAAAUAACUUCAAGCUAUGCGAGUUUGGCUGAUGCAACCAGAGGAAAUAGUGACGCAAAUAGAACUAGAAGUUACAACAAAUACGGCAACAAUAUAUUCGGUAUUUGCUAGCGAAAACAGAAACAGGACAUAUUAAAGCUACAGCAGCAACACCAGUAGCCAUUUAUAGUGCGACACACCAGCAAUAUUGUGGCAGCAGCAACAUAAUCACCUGGACAAACAGCUCCAAGAGGCAGCCACAAAGGUGCAACACUGAAGCAGCAGCAACAUGCUGCUGGCGGAAAUCGCUGCCAAGGAAAACAUGCUGGAGCCCUAUGGUGCAGCAAUCAAGCGAAAGGCCGAGCUAGAGCAACAACAGCUACGUAAACAACAAAGGAGCAACAUUAACAACAACAGCAGCAACAUUAACAGCAGCAGCAGCAGCAACAUCCUCGGCUGCAGCAGCAACAUCAACGGCUACAAUCGGCCAUUUCUUAGGCGACAGGGAAAAAUGUAUUACAAUUCCAAUUCGCGACCUUUUUGGAUGAAAUUCAGAUCGACAGCCACUUCGAAUCCAACGACAAUAUUUACCACUAACGACGAUAUGUGCAAUGCAGCAGCAGCAGCAGCAGCAGCAACAGCUACAUCAACAGCAGCAACAUAUGACAAAAUGCAGCGUUGCAACCAGAACAGGGACAACAGUAACAUCAAUACGACCAGCAACUCCAACAACAGCAGCAGCAACAAGCGCUGCCCUCAGAAAUACACCGGCAACAACCUAGCAGCAACUAAUGGCAUGAUGGGCUACCAGCAACAUGCAACAGCUGCGGCAGCAACAUUGCAGCACGGCGGCAACACCGGCAACAAGCAUACAACGCGCAAGAGUCGCUACAACAGCAACAGGCAACAUCAGCAGCAGCAACAUCAGCAGCAGCAGCAGCAAUCCAAUGCCUUUGGGAAUAUUCAAAAGCGGAAUGGAAACACUGGAAUAACCGGGAGUGAAUCCUCCCCCUCACCGCCCCCCUCGGAUUGGCUGGAACGGAGCUAUGGACAUCGCUUGGCCAAUUCUUCAUGCAUCGAAGACAAAUUUCUGGGCCAGCACAACCCGGGUCAUCGCAAUAGCACCAGCAGCGAGGCGACUAGCGAGGACAUUGACUCCAGCAGGGAGCAUCUGAAUAAGCCGAAGGGCAACUCGAGCGGCGGCAACGGCGGUGGCAACAGUACUGUUGCAGGUGUACCCUGCGGCAACAAGUCGCGCUCAAAGCGCCAGCAGAAGCAGCUCCGCAAUCCCGACCAGAAUGGCCAGAAGCCAGGAGCAACUGCCUCGAUUGGGGGCCAGAAAACCAAGCAGACUGGCGGCAAGUGGCGCCAGCAGCAGCAGCAGCAGCCCAAUCCCAACAGCAACAGCAACAGUCCGCAACAGCAACAGCAGCAGCAGCAAAAGCGCGGCAGCAACAAGAAGCCGGUCAAGUGCAGCAGCAUCAACAGCAUCAACAGCAGCAACAUCGGCAAUCCCGGCAGCAACAUCUCGAAGCACUGCAGCAACACCCAGCGCAAAACCUGCGACAGCAGUUCCUCCUCGGCCUUGAGUUCGCCCACCAGUUCGCCGACGAGUUCCCCUCUUGCGAGUGGAAACCGGAAGCGGAUCGAGCGCUCCUUGAUGCCGGGAGCCGCCCUGGAAUGGCGGCGGGAGCGGGAACGUGGUCGCCAGAACGCCAACUUCCUGGUGCCCCAGCUGCGCCAGUACGAGCAACUGGAUCUGGACGAUAGGGCAGUGGUGCAGAGGCUGCGACGCCACGUCAUCGACCACCAUCUGCUGAGGGUCUACGGAUUCCCCGUGGAGUCCGUGGUGCACGAGGGCGCCAUCGAGAUCUUCAAGUGCCUGCCACACAUGAGCUUUGCCGCUGCCCUGGCGGAGACUGCUCCGGCAGUCACCGUGAUCAACUGCCACGACGGGCUGAGCAACCAGCGGUCGGAGGAGGAGGUGGCCACCUCGAGCGACUCCGGCAACAGUUCACCCCGAUCCCUGGACUCGGAGUCCGGCGGCGAGUGGAGCGGCAGCGAAUGCGAGUCCUCCAACUCCUCGUCGUCGUCCUCCUCCUCCUCCGGCGAGGCCGAGCUGGAGCUCAAGUACUGCCAGUACGUCCAGGUGAGUCUGGCCAAGCCCUGUGCCCGCUGCAAGCGCCACUUCCUGGUGGACGAGCUGACGGGUCAGUACCUGACCCGCGAGGAGUGCCACUACCACUCCGGCAAGUACCAGCGGUACUACGAUGGCGUCUGCCAUGGCCGUUGGACCUGCUGCCACGAGGGCGAGGAAUCCUCGCCGGGCUGCUGCCUGGGCGACCGGCACGUGUGGACGGGCUCGGUGGUGGGGGUCAAUGGACCCUACUACGACUUCGUGAGGACCCAGCAUCGGAUCUGCGCCGAGGACGAGGAGCCCGCUGUGUACGCUUUGGACUGCGAGAUGAGCUACACGGGUCGCGGCCUGGACGUGACCAAGGUCUCACUGGUGGCCCUCAAUGGGCAGCUGGUGUACGAGCACUUUGUGCGGCCCGAGUGCGACAUCAUAGACUACAACACCCGGUAUUCGGGCAUCACGGAACGGGAUCUGCGCUCCGGGGCCAAGAGCUUGGCCGAGGUGCAGCGCGAUCUCCUCGAGCUGAUCGCAGCGGACACAAUCCUCAUUGGCCACGGGCUGGACAACGACCUGCGGGCCCUGCGGCUGGUGCACAACACCCUGAUCGACACCUCGAUCAGCUUCCCGCACAGCAGUGGGUUUCCGUAUCGCAAGGCCCUGCGCCACCUGACCAAGGUGCACCUCAAGCGGGAGAUCCAGAGUGGCGACGGCACCACGGGACACAGCAGCUUCGAGGACUCGCGGGCCUGCAUGGAGCUGAUGCUGUGGCGGAUCAACCGGGAGCUGGAUCCCACAUGGAGCUGGGAGGAUUAGGCGCGAGGGGGGGUGUCGGAAACACAUGGGGGCCAGCAAGUACUUUUAGUAGUUAAGCCAGUUAGGAUCGCCUAGUUUGUACGGUAUUCAACAAGAAAACAAUCCUAAAAUCUCAGCUGCGUCGUUCACCUGGCAAUCGGUUUCUAUAACACUGAUGUAUCUGAUGUAUCCGAUGUACCGGGUUAUAUAGGGCCCCAUUGCCAGGUGUUGGCACAACGUAUAUAUAUCAAGUAAUUCGCAAAAUUGAAAUGACAAAUACGACAAAAAAAAAGAAGAAGAAGAAGGAUAAUCAUAUAUUUAUAUGCGAUACAUAGGUAUAUUUUGUAAGCGUAAAUUUAUAGAGAAAAAUAGAACUUUAAUCUACAUAUGUAUAUACACAUAUUGUUUUUUUUUUUUAUUUCUUGAUUAAUUUCGAACCACGAGAAAAUGUACUGAAGUUUUAACUGUGAUGUUUUUUUUUCACUUUCUCACAUAUUUACACGACAAAUGAAAAUGAAGAGUAAAGCAAAAAUAAAUAAUAGAAAAAUACAAAAAAUAUAUACAUACAUCCGCGCAUACAUUACUUUUUUAAGAACCACAGAAGAAAGGCAAUACAAACCCCUUUUAAUUUUGACCAAAACUUUCAACUAGAAUCACUCCAUUUAUCAUAAUUUACCUUUAGGUUUCGUUUCAUUUUGUUUCGACUUCGACCCCAAACAUUUUGUUUAUUAUUUUACGAAUAAAGCAUCUCAUAUACAAAUGAAAGUGAAGAAAAAGUAAAGUUUAACUUUAACUACUUUAUACACUAAGCAUAAACGCAAGUUAGGUUAAUCCUAUGUUUUUUUUCCAAACGUUUUGAUUAUUUAUUUAACGAAUUCACGCGACAAGUUCAUUGAAAAUUUCUUCAAGUGUACAAUUUUUCACAUUGAACUCCAUUCUAGGCUAAGCGAUAUUUUUUGUUUUCUAUCAAGUAACUAUCGACGAUUAACCAUUAUUCCUUCAUUCUGAUUUUCGAAAAUGAGACGAGGAAUCCUUUAUUCGAAGAUUGAUGUUCCUAGCAGUAUAAGUUUCAGCACAAAUACACUGCAAAAAGCGGUUGUUUUUAUAUUGAACGGAAAUAAAAAGAAGAGUAAUGCACCACGCACUACGACCAAAUUGAAAGAGAAUAAAAGAAACAAUGAUUUGUUUAAAACUAAAUAUCACCUAAAA